AUGCUGUCCCCUCAGAGGAGAUGGCUCCAGGACCAGCUUCUCAGCUACAUCUCCUUGUGCAUACGAAGAAUAUUCCACAGAAAGUGUCACUUUCUGUUGAUAUUACUGUUUCUGAUUGUUGCCUGCAUUGCCAUUCAGACAUUACUACUCUACCAAGAAAGGUUUGACAAGAUCCCACAUGCAAAUUUUACCCCUAUUAACAAACACUCUUUCCUACACCUGCAAAAUAUCUUGAUGGGCGCCCAUACACAGUCUACACUGGGAGAAAUGCAGGAUGUGACAUCAGCACAGACUGAAAUAAAUGCAAGGCUUCAUUAUCAAAAUGAGCAAAAUGGAAAACCAGAAACUGAUACUCCAUCAAAAAGUGUGGAUAUAACCAUCUCCCAUUCCAAAGGCUCGAAGACCAAUGGUAUUUCACCAGAAAGAUUUUUACUGCUAGAUCAUAAAAACAGACUAAAGACUGGACUUGCAGAUUCUUUGGCUCCAGAGAUUGCUGGAAAGAGUUCCAUUGCUAGCAAAGACACUAACCGCGCCAACACACCCUCUUCAUCAAAUUCAGUCGAAGAAAACACUACAAAUGUUUAUACAGAGAGGAAGUGUCUGCCCACAUCUCACAUUGUUUUUCUCAAGACACACAAGACAGCAAGCAGUACCAUUCUAAACAUCCUAUACCGCUAUGGGGAAAGCAGGAACUUGACAUUUGCACUUCCCCGCAACAAACAAAAACAGCUUUCUUACCCCCACUUUUUUACUUCAAAUUUUGUGGAAGGUGUCGGCAGCAGAAACAUGAAGGAGUUUCACAUCCUGUGCAAUCACAUGAGGUUUAGAAAAACUGAGGUGGCAAAGGUAAUGCCUGCCGAUUCAUUCUACUUCUCCAUCAUAAGGAAUCCAGUGGACAUGAUGGAUUCCAUCUUUAUCUACUACAAAAGUAUCCCAGCCUUUCACAAGACUUCAAGCCUGGAUGACUUCCUCAACAAGAGUUCCCAAAACUACAAUUCAUCAGUUCCUAGUAACCAUUAUGCUCACAAUAUUUUAGCCUUUGACUUUGGCUUUGACAACAAUGUUACCGCAGAUUCUAAAGACUUGGAAGAAAAAAGUAACACGUCUAUAGCUGCAAUUGAACAAGACUUCCACCUGAUUCUCGUAUUGGAAUACUUUGAAGAGUCUAUGAUCUUGCUCAAACACACCCUUUGUUGGUCCCUGGAUGACAUUCUCUCCUUCAAGUUGAACAGUCGCAGCCAACGCACGCGUGGCCCACUUUUACCAACCACUGCAGACAAAAUUAAAAGGUGGAAUGCUCUAGACUGGCGAAUCUACCUGCAUUUCAACAGGACUUUUUGGCACAAAGUGGACACUCUUGUUGGACGAGACCAAAUGAAAGUUGAAGUUGCUCAACUGAAAAAAAGGCAGGCUGAAUUAGCGAACAAGUGUCUGAAAGAUGGCGGGCCUGUAGACCCGCUUCAGGUAAAAGAAGCUAGAUUAAAGCCGUUUCAGUAUGGAGCGGCUGUCAUCCAAGGUUAUAACCUUAAUCCAAACAUGACAGCAGAAUCUAAAAUUAAAUGUGAGAGACUGAUAACACCAGAACUGCAGUAUACAGAUAUUCUGUAUGCCCGACAGUUCCCCGAGUUAGCAGCUAAGCGCAAAAAAGCAAAGGCUGCAAUAAAAAGUCAGAAAUUGGAAAUAACACAUUUGACAGGAAAACCAUUGGAAAGGACACCUUGA